GGGGAAUGAGCACUUCCUAGGAAAUGAAGUUGCCACUAAGUAAAUAUCUAGCAUGAAAGACACUUAUUGGAUAAUAGACUCUCAAGACGUCAAGGAAAUAAAGUACAAAGUCUGACGCCUUUUUGCUAUUGGAUGAGCUACAGCUUUUGGAUAAGAAAAUAGAGAAACCCCACCAUAAUAGUUGGCCCGGUCCAGGGGAGCUGGUGAGUAAGGUGAAUGAAUAUAAAGCCUUUGUGUUAUUUCCAAUAAUACUUCAUAUUUGAACAAAUCCAUUCAAUUCAUCCAAAGUUCAGCACAAGCCUCCUUACAUUAUGUCUGGGCUCACAAAACUCGAACUUCGGACCGCUCUUGGUCCCGUCUACCGAGAUGUACUCCCGAACCCACCAAGAGACUGCACCGCCGAUGAGGUUCCCGUCAUCGAUCUGGCUUCCAUGUUUUCUGACGAGCUUUCCGACCGGAAACAAGUUGCUGCUAAAAUCAGAUCAGCCGCGACCAACAAUGGAUUCUUCUACAUUAAGAACCAUGGUAUCUCAGAUGGGACAAUCGCUCAGUGCAAGCGACAGGUGAUAAAUUUCAUGAGGCAGCCCUUGGAGAAGAAAGAGUUGGUGUGUUCUAGGACGCAUAGCAAAUAUUACAAUGGGUAUCUCGGGAACCGCAAAGCCCAGAUUUCUCGUACUGAGACCGCCGAUGUUCGAGAGUCCUUCUCGUUCCGUUAUUCCCCGGAACUCGAUCCGGAUCAUCCGGUGGACAUUUCCGAGGUGCCCGAGGAAGUGAGAGCAUGGAUACGUGCAGAGGAUUUUGUGUGGGAAGGCACAGCCCAUCUGCCAAACUUCAAAGAGGACUGUCUUGCGUAUUGGAGUAGUUGCCUGACACUGGCUAGGAGACUGGUCAAGAUGUUUGCUCUCUCACUGGGCUUAGAAGAGAACUACUGGGACGAUAAGGUCACCUAUCCAGGAGCCGACGGCGUUUUCAACUACUAUCCGCCGAGGACCGUAGAUGAAGUCGAAAAUAAGUUUGUGGGUUUAGGGAGUCAUACGGAUUUGCAGUUGUUCACACUCCUGUGGCAAGACACAGUUGGCGGGCUGCAAAUACUGACCAAAGAAGGACAGUGGUUGAAGGCACCUCCGAUUGAAGGGACUCUUGUGGUAAACAUUGGCGAUUUCAUGAUGCGACUUUGCAACGACAUCUACAAAUCCAAUGUCCACAGGGUGACGAACGAAUCUACCGUUGAACGCGUCUCUAUGCCCUUCUUCUUUGGUCUCAAUUUCAACUGCGUUGAGGGUGUUGUUCCCUCUUGUACUUCGGAAUCGACUCCGGCCAAAUAUGAACCUAUAUCUUGCGGCGAUUGGUGUCAAAUGAGAUUCAAAAUAGAGCGGGAAGAAUUCAUCAAGAAUGAGGAGGCGAAGAAAAUAGCAGCCCCAAGUGCUACCGUCGUUGCUGGAUAAAACGCAAAAUGUGUCUGAGUGUGGGUUUCUCGCUGGUAUCGUUCUGGUUUACAUUCUGAUUCGGCCAACUGCUUUUUAUCAAGCCAAGUUACAAGGCCUUUUGAAUGAGUUCAAUGACAUCGAAGAAUGAAUCGCGGUCAGGCUUGAGGGUUUUGAGACCAAGUCCCACGACAAGAGUGCGACUCUCAUCUGAGUCUCGCCUGGCAAUGUGACUGGCAAUCUGGACAGCGUAUAGUUGGGCCAAAGAUUCACGCUCUUCUCCACCACCACCAAGUAAUGUCUUUGGCGUCAAAUGAGACAGAGGUAGCAGAUUAUUGUUUGCUAGAGCCAUGUUUACUGUAGCAGGUGAAGGCGCUGAGAGUGGUAUUUGUAUCUAUAUAUUAUUAGUCAGUCUUUCUUUUGUUCAAGACUCUUUAACUUGGUAAUAAUAUGAAGAGUUACCCAUUGUGAUAGUCUGCCUUCUU